AGUCCAAGACUUUGCAAGGGUUGGGCACACAUUUGAAAGAUAACAAGCCCAGGGCAUGUCCAACCGGUGCUAGAUGGCAUCCGUACCUGGAUCAUUCGGAUCGACCUCUCCGCAGACACGCUGCAGAUCGAAGCGUUUCACGCGAGCCCGGCACGCCGACAUUUUCAUGGGCGACCUUCGUUGAACGCAUCGAGGGCAUGGAACGCAUGAUCCGGUUGCUGUUCUUCAACCUGGGUGCAGCCGCACUUGGGCCGACCAUUCGUGCUCAUCCCAGCCUCUGGGCGUUGCAGCGCAUCGCUGAGCAGCACUUAGGCCAGUUUCAGGAGAAUUCCUCGCUGCUGGUGGCUUUGGGCGCAGUGCCUGAAGCUCGCGAGCUGGUCACCAAGGCAGAGGUGGAGAGACUGGCGCCUGACGCAUUUCUCCUGCGCUCACGGAAUGUCGCGCAGCAGACGGUGGUGGCGUGUGCAGGGAGGAGCGCGCGGGCGGUGGGCUACGCCUUCUUCGAGCUGCUGCAGCUCCUGGGCUUCGGCUUCCUCCACCCGCUGCUGCCCGUGGUGCCCAGCGCGCUGCCUGAGCUGCGUGUGGAAGUCCAUGAGACACCUCGCUGGGAGUUUCGAGGCACGCACUACCACACCCAGCAUCCUCUGGAGCUCACGAAUUUGCUGAAUGGCUACGAUGGCAGCGGCCAGACGGAUUGCAGGCAGUGCUGGGCCAAAGGCCUGAAAGCCUGGCAGGAUUACUUGGACUGGAUGAUGGCACAGAAGCAGAACUACAUUGAGUGGAUGCUGUUGGCUGACCGCCACAGCUCGAAGACAAACUUUGAGCUGAGCGACGAGCGCCGGGAGCGUUUGCGUAUCCUGGUCGCUGCAGCUCACGCGCGCGGCAUUGAGGUCGGCGUGGAUGUGCCCCUGUCGCUGAAGCAGCAGCAUGCGCUGAACCUUCUGCCGAGCCCUGGGCGACAGAGCCACAACGAAGAGCAGGUGCGCGCCCGAGUGCGUUGGCUCCGCAGCUGUGGCUUUGACCACCUGGGCACAGAGCUUGGGACCACAGAGUUCACCCGAGGACUGCAUGCUGCGGAGAUGGUUCGCCUCCUGAAUAUCACGCAGGAGGAGCUAGGACCGCAGAAGGUAUUGGUGAAGAACCACUGCUCCACCAACCAAUACGCCGACGGCUUCACAGACCCCAGGCCGUCGCACUCUGGGGUGUUGAAUUUCAACUACCUCAACUACUUUGCAGAUCCCAAGAUUGUCAGCAUGCCCCACACGGUGCAGGCGUACUCGCUGUCAGACCCCGCGCCAACCUACGGGAACGCCGACUUCUCUGAUCUUAGAAAUUGGACGUCCUUUCUGCUGCAGCAGGGCCGGCCAGUUGUGUUUUAUCCCGAAACGGCGUAUUGGGUGAACUAUGACAUCUCAGUUCCGCUGUUCCUGGCUCCCACCUAUGCUUCCGACCGAGUGGAGGAUGCUGAUAGCCUGGACGCCAUGUCUGGGACCGUGCCUUUGCUCGGCCAGCUGAACUUUGAGAGUGGCUGGCAAUGGGGCUACUGGCUGGCAAACUCAGCCCAAGCACUGGUGGCCUGGCGACGGGAGUCCUUGCAGAGCGCUUUCCUUCGACUUCUGCGCUUCAUGCCCCAGAAACCGCGCGUUGCUUUGGCGCAGCUGCUGGUGGAGUUUGCGGCCGAGCAGCGGCGGCUCCUGGUCAAGGGCCUGCGGCGAGGAGGUGUGCAGACGCCGCCGGCGCCCGGCGUUGGUCCUGGCUCGGCUACUGCGAUGGCUUACAUCCAGGGCUCUGAGGGUCUGUCGGACUUUGCUUCCCUGGCUGCGCGCUACCUGGGCGAGGGCGCGCCGCAGCCUGACCGCGUGCACUUCAUGGAGCUCUGGCGAGAGGUGCCAUCCUCAAGCCUGCGCCUGCUUCAAGCGAUCCAGGGUGGAUCCGCCGUCACUGACGCGUUCCUGGGCACUGAUCGGCUACGCUGGCAGCGCCAGAGCUGGUUCCAGGAGCACUUGCGUCCGUUGCUGGCAGAGACCAAUGCGACCUUCGCUGAGUUGGCGAGACGCUUUGAGCGGAUUCCGGCACCGGGGAAGGCCUUCCAGGACUUGGCGGUGUCUGCGCGGAUGCUGAGCUUGCGAUGUUCGCAAGUCCUGGCUCUCUACGAAUACUCUGCCAUGUGUCGAGGCAAGGAGACGGAGUUCUGCCAGAGCCGGCUGACGCUGUCGCGGAGCGUGCUGUCUGCAGCGCAGGCAUUGGCUGAGGAGCGUGCAGAGCACAUGGGCCUCGAGGCCUUAGACCGAGGAACCCGUGUUCUGGCCGCUUGGCACUGCGCAUGCUGAAAUGCUGAAAUGAGCUUCACGGCCUAUGGAAGGUGAGCAAAGUGAAGAUCUCAAAAGCAAGCACGUGACGGGUAUGGUGGGGACAAAGUGGGGCGAUACCAAAGGGUGCUUGCCAAAGGGACCAUGAGAGCCAAGCGAGGAAUGGAGUGAGCCCAUUCCAACCGCGUACUCCUAUGGCUACCUUUGGGCGGCGCACACUCUGUUUUACUGGCGCCGCGACCAGGAGAUGGCGGGGUCUGCUGCAUUGCAUGGACUCCGGAUGGCGCCGAAUCCGAGUCCGGAAUCCGGAAUCCGGAUCCGGCGUCAGGUGGAGCAGCAGAUCGCGGACGUCUGCUUCGGCGCGAUCAACGACCCAGUGGAGCUGGGGCUGGCCGGUGGGGGUGGGCCAUGGGCGCGCUGGGCGCAAUCUGUGAUGCAGUCAGCGCUGUCGAACCGCCUUUGGCAUGUGGAGCUCGCCAAGUGCUUGGGGCCUCCGACCGAACCCAAGUUAGGAGCUGCAAAGGACAUGGUCAUGUUGUGAGCGGAGUUGCAACGCUUUCUCUGAGUUCUCAAAAUUCAGCUUGGGCUCAUCCCUUUGACCCGAAGUGCGAGGGAUUUGCGGCGCCAGCAGAGGUUGUUUUCCAUUUGUCGACUUCGCUUGGCCCCAUAUUUUUUUGCACGAGCGUGUGGAGCUUACCGGCACCAGCGCCUUUGUGCAUGUGCAAGGCCGUGUCAGAACGCGGAGCAUCUUGUACAGUCCGGUAGCGCGAUGCAAGCAGCUUCUCGCUGCUUUCAAUAGGCGAGCCACAAACGUGGACUCCAGUUGCUUGAUAUUGCUUGAUCUAGUUUCGUGCCAAUCUACCAGAUUUGAAAGGCCAAUGCCAGGGAGAACGACACAAAUCAUAGAUGUCGGGCUUUCCUGACCCGUCCUACCAUGCGCGAAAUGGGCAAAGUCACCCAUGUGGAAGGCACAGAUGCCACCAAGAUGCCACCAAUGCGGAGUCAGCUUCGUC